AUGGGCGGAUUCAAGCGCAUCGAGGACAGGCCGACCCCGAAGGAGGUGUACAACUGGCGCGUGUACAUGCUCGCGUGUGUAUGCGGCAUGUCGGCCCUGACAUUCGGCUACGACGGCGCGUUCAUCGGCACGACCAUCGCGCGCCCGUCGUUCAAGCACGCGUUCGGGAUCGACAAGAUGACGGCCGACGAGCAGAAGAACUACACGACCAACCUGACUGCGACGUUUACGGGCUCUGCGUUCUUUGGCGCUGUGUUCGCGUGGCCUGUGAUGGAGGCAUGGGGCCGCAAGCGCCCGAUGCAGGUCUCUGCGUUGCUGUUCAACGUCGGCGCGAUCCUCAUGACAGUGACCACACACAGCCUGGGCAUGAUCUUCGCCGGGCGCGCAAUCACAGGCUUCGCGGUCGGCAUCCUGACUGCCGUCGUGCCGACCUUUAUUUCCGAGUUUGCGCCGCCCCCGAUCCGCGGGCAGCUGACGGGCUUCUUCGAGAUCGCGUACCAGGCCGGCAGCCUCGUCGGCUUCUGGAUCAACUACGGCAUCACGUCCCACAUGGACGUGACGCAGAACAAGGCGUGGCGCGUCGCCAUGGCCGUGCAGCUCAUCCCGGGCGGCAUGCUGCUCGUCGCGUCCAUCGUGCUCCGCGAGUCGCCCGGCUGGCUCCUCCGCAAGGGCCGCGAAGAGCAGUGCCUCUCUGUCCUGUCGUACGUCCGCCAGCUGCCCGCAGACCACAGGUACAUCAAGGAGGAGAUCGCGCUCCUCAUGGGCGUGAUUGGGGAGGAGCGCCGCCUGUCCGGCGGCAAGAGCGGCAUCCUCCCCUACCUCGCUGCCGCGACGCGCGAGCUCCGCAUCCCGUCGCUCCGCAACCGCUUCGUCAUCCUCUUCGUCAUGUUCAUCCUCAUGAACUUUAGCGGCGCCGUCGUGCUCAACUACUACUCGCCGACGCUGUUCGGCGCGGUGGGCAUCACGGGCACGGAUAUCUUCCUGUACACGGGGUACUACGGCCUCGUCAAGGCCGUCGGCGCGAUCACUUUCUGCCUGUGGAUCGUCGACCGCUCCGGGCGCCGCCUGCCGUGGCUGCUCUCGGCGUCGUCGUGCGCCGUGUGCCUCAUCUAUAUGGGCGCGUUUGUCGAGAUCGCAAAGCCGAGCCAGGGCGGGCUCCACUCGGCGUCGUCGAUUGCUGGCGGCAAGGGCGCCAUCGCCGCCAUCAUGCUCUACUCGUGGUUCUGGUCCUGGGGCGGCAACUCGCUCGCGUGGAUCGUGUCGGCCGAGCUCUUCCCCAUCUCGCUCCGCUCCUUCACGGGCGCGUUCGGCGCCUCGACCCAGUGGCUCUCGAGCUUCGCCGCGACCAUGUCGGCGCCGCACAUGUUCGCAAAGUGCGGCGGGUACACGUUCAUCUUCUACGGCCUCUGCUGCCUGCUCACCUGGGUCUUCACAUUCUUCUGGAUCCCCGAGACGAAGGGCAUCCCCAUCGAGUGCAUGGGCCCGCUGUUCGACGGCCCGUCUCGUCACUGCCAGUUCCGCCAGAAGAAGGUCUACCCGCCCAACGGCAUCCCGCCGCCCCCGCCCGAGCUCGCGCAGGACGCCAUUGGCCGCGUCGACUCGACCGAGAAGAAGCCAGAGUUUGCCCACGUCGAGAGCGUCCACAGCAGGGUGUAG